AUGCAAAUAUUGGCAUGUAGAAGAGAAGAAGAGAGUACUGAAAUGAAGAACUACGACUGCGCUUCCAUAAGCAACGCUGUAACACCUCCAUUUUUGAGUGUCCUCGCAAGCUCUUGCUACUUUCAUUUAACCGCAUUCGCGCUUAUUAUAAAUUUCAUAAUAGAAACCACCGUUUCAUGA